GGCACAAGUCAGACGUCUUUUGAAGAAUCAGUUUUCUAACGGCACCUGUUUUUUGUUGUUGUUUUUAGCAGAGUUAUCCAUGGAUCUUUCGGUCAAAUUCCUCUGGUUAUGGAUGAUAAUUAUUAUAAUUUUUGCGUGGUGUUUGAUCAGCCUGAUCUUCGUCUUGAUCAACAAGUGCAUUUCAAAGUCAGAAGGAAAACUCCGAAUCGCACAGAGAGCGUCUGCUGGCUUCUCCGCCAAGAGCAAUCAAUACCAAGGCAGCAAGUUUGCAUCAGAGACCCCGCCUUUACCUCCUCGGACACAGUUUCUUCUUGCAGAGGCCCAAAGCUAUGAGAACAUGGCUGAGGAGCACGAGCAGGACGUCGCAGACUAUGAGCAGGCCACCCCAAACUACGAGCAGGACAUCCAAGACAACGAGCAGGAUGUCCCGGACUACGAGGACAUCCCGGACUACGUGCAGGACGUCCCAGACAGGGUGCAGGCCGCCCCAGACUAUGAGCAGGAUGUCCCGGACUACGAGGACAUCCCAGACAACGUGCAGGCCGCCCCAGAUUACGGGCAGGACGUCCCGGACUACGAGCAGGACGUCCCGGACUACGAGGACAUCCCAGACAACGUGCAGGCCACCCCAGAUUACGAGCAGGAAGUCCCAGGCUACAAGCAGGACGUCCAGUCCGACUACCUGAAGGUGGUGGAUGAGGACGAGCCUCUCUCUCGGAUUCCACAGAACCCGGAUCUCGAUCCAGCAGCGGACAGCUUCUCCGAAGAGGACUACGACGACAUCGGGGGUGAAGAUGAAACCGAGGAGGACGAUGACUACGACGAUUUGGGUUAGGACCAUGAGAGGAGUGGAGCGAGAUCAUUCAAGUAAAGACGCUUUCAACCCUCUGGAUCAGGGAUCAGAAUGAAGUCCCUGGUAGGUUUUGAUGUGUUUCAUGAGUAAAAUCGGGGUUAUAUGUAUUAAAUGGGUAGUUUAAGGACAAAGAAGAGGCAAAACACACAAGUGGAAUUUAAACAAAAGGUUUGAGUUUUUCAACAUUAAGUUAUUUAAGAGGUCUUUCCAAAAACAAUCCACGAGCAGUUAUUACUAUUAUAGUUACAUAGUUUCAAUAUUUCUUCAUUAUUGACAACAUGCGUGACUCAUUCUCCAGGCAAAGGCGGUGUUUUCCAGUGUGAUCAACAUGAUUACUUCAUAUUCUGUGAGAACAGAAUACUCGAAUCUCCACAAAAAACAAACUGCCCCUUCAGCUUUGUGACGAGGCAUUUUCCAGCUGAUCCAAGAGGCUUUU